UUCAGAGGGAGAGAGAGAGAGGGAGAGACAGAGAGAGGGGAACCCCUUAUCAGCAGAAUCCAGUCAUCUCAGCAUGUCCCUUCAGUAAUGAGAGCAGAUGACGAUUCAAGAGGGCAAAAGAGCUGAAGAAAAGGAGAGUCGCAGUAAGGACAGAUACAUCACUGAAACAACCAGGGGAACUUUUUCAUGAGAGAAGAGAAGAGAAGAGAAGAGAAGAGAAGAGAAGAGAAGAGAAGAGAAGAGAAGAGAAGAGAAGAGAAAUCUUUCUUUUGGACACACUUCCCUCUGCAGCAUGGCCGGCAGGUUUAGCCUCCUGAUUCUAGCCUUGCACAUCUCCCUCCCUGCAGUCCUGUCCAAUGACUGCGAUAAAGGGUCUAGUUGCAAUGGGAGUACAAGCAUAGAUGAAGAUGAAUGUGACAAUGAAAUCAAACUAUGUGGAAACCAUUCAAACUGUUUGAACACAAUAGGCAGCUUUCACUGCUCAUGUCAUGAGGGUUUCAUCUCAUCAUUGGGCAAUGUGACUUUCAAAGCUGAUUCAUCCGCAAAAUGCAUAGAUAUCAAUGAGUGUUUGACCAUGAAAGACAGAUGUGGACCAAAUGCAAAGUGUGAAAAUGCAAUCCCGCAUUAUCACUGCACUUGUCAUGAUGGAUUCAUUUCUACAAACGGAACCAAAAGUUUUGGCCAUGGCGACACAGAUACAUGUGAAGAUAUUGAUGAAUGUCAAGGAGACGAAAUUUGUGAUCAAAAUGCAAUCUGCUCCAACACGCCUGGCAGUUAUCAGUGUGUCUGUAAAGCUGGUUACGGACUCAAAUCUGGCAAAUCUAACUACACAGAGAAUCAGGAGCAUUGUGAAGACAUAUGUGAGGUUGAUAAGACAAUCUGUGGAGGUGGGACCUGCCACCAAAAAGCUGAUGGCCAUUCCUGUGCAUGCCAUGCUGGGUUCACCAACUAUGGAAACAAAGGGUUUUACUGCACUGAAAUAAACUGUGAUGUUUUCAGAGAUACAAGCUUUCUGAAAGAGGCAUUUCUUGUAGCACAUGAUCUGGUGGUGCAGUUGAAUCAAAUCUGUCUGAAACUUGUAGAGAGUGUGAAUUCAACAGAGCUGGACGGAGAGGACUUACUUAAGAGACUGCUGUCUGCGAUCGACGAGGUCUUGAGCAGUGGAAGCUUCAAGGAUAACAAGAAAGUCUCCACCUUUCUGAACUUGGUGGAAAACAUACUGAAGCUUAUAGGACCUUUUAUGAAGCCCCCAGGAACCAAAAGAUCAUCCACACACACAGAGCUGCAGCUGUUGUUGCAUAAGGGGGCUAAAUUACCCCAAGGAGCAGAGGUUUUGUCAUCCAAGCAAGCUCAGCUGGACAUCCAGAUGGAAACAGCUGCUGGGGAUCCUUCAUCUUACCCGGGCUUUACAACAGUGUCUAUGUUGAGCUAUGCAAACCUGGAAGACUCUGCAGAAGGCUUCUUCAGUGGAAUGAAACAAAAAGAGAACAAACGCUUUAAAAUCAACUCUAAAGUCGUGACUGUUUCUGUUAGCAACACAAACACAACCUAUCUCCAAGAACCAGUCAAGUUAAGACUCUACCACCUGGAAAAGCAAAAUGAAUUCAACCAUACAUGUGUGUUCUGGAACCCCUCUGAAAAAGGAGGGACAUGGUCUGCUCAGGGCUGCAGUGUGGUGGAGUCCAAUCCUGAAUACACUGUGUGCUCCUGCAACCAUCUGAGCAGCUUUGCUGUGCUCAUGGCGCUCCAUGACAUGAAGGACAGGUUUGAGUUGCAGCUAAUCACAUGGGUGGGUCUGUCUCUGUCACUUAUCUGCCUGUUCAUCUGUAUCCUGACGUUCUGGUUGAUCCGCUCAAUCCAGAGCCCAAGAACCACCAUCCACCUGCACCUCUGCAUCAGCCUCUUCAUUGCCAACCUUAUCUUCCUCGCAGGCAUCUCACGUACAGAGAACCAAGUUGGCUGCGCAGUGGUAGCAGGGUUGCUGCAUUUCUUCUUCCUGGCUGCAUUUUGCUGGAUGUGCCUGGAGGGCAUACAACUCUUCAGGAUGGUAGUCCUGGUCUUUAACACCCAAUUCAAAUCCCUCUACAUGAUGGCUGCUGGUUAUGGGGUCCCAGCUAUAAUCGUCACUGUCUCUGCAUUAGUAAAUGCCAAGGGAUAUGGUACAAAGAAGCAUUGUUGGUUGAACCUGGAUUUCAUUUGGAGUUUCUUUGGCCCUGCCUGUUUCAUAAUCAUUAUAAACAUAUUCUUCUUUCUCAUCACUGUGUGGAAGUUGGCGCAGAAGUUCUCCAGUUUAAACCCUGAUCUGGACAAACUGCAGAAAAUUAAGGCGUUCACCAUCACUGCAGUGGCUCAGCUGUGUGUGCUGGGCACCAUGUGGAUCUUCGGAUGUUUCCAGUUUGAGGAGGGCACAAUUGUUAUGUCCUACCUGUUCACCAUCUUUGGCAGCCUGCAGGGGGUCAUGCUCUUUGUCAUGCACUGUCUCUUUUCUAAACAGGUGAGGGAGGAGUAUCGAAACAUCCUGUCCAAGUUCUGUGCACCCAAGAAGAAGAGCUACUCAGAGUUCAGUUCCUCCCAGUCCAGUAAAGCUCAGGCAUCCAAAAGCUCACACGACACCGCGGAGUGUCGCAUCUGAGGAGCUGUACAGUCACAUGAAAGCAAGCUAGACUCCACGUCCUGGAGAACGUGAUCUCCGACAUUCAGCCAUCCACUGCCCUGCCAUAUGUAGCUAAUGCAACAGAUUGCUUCCCUGCACAAUAUUGUAAAUAGAAUAUUUCUUAACAUUAUCUUAAUUUAUGUUUAAAGAUGGUCUUAGUAUUUUAAGGUUUCAAAUAUAACUGGAAUAUGUAUUAUAAUUUAUUAAAGGUUUAUGAUUUUCUUAGAAAUGAGGAAUGGCAUUCAUCAGUGGGAUAGCUAUUUUGGAGACUAAUCUCAAAAAAUUGAUGUUAAGUUAUUUAAAGCAAAGCUGCUACGUUUAAAUAUAAUGAUUGAAGUCCACAAUAGACUCCAAAUCUCCAAAUUGUCAUAUUUUUAGAAGUGGAGAGAAUAACAUCAAAGAGACCUGUGCAUUGUGCUCUUUCACUUUUUAAACCAUCAAAGAAAAUCUGAAAGAGAUGUUGAGACAGACUUUUUAUGAAACUUGUCCAAAAUGUUCAUAUUAUUAUUAUAAAUGUGUCAGACAGAAAUGGGACACCUAUUAGACUGAGGUGGGCUGUAAAUGUAAGAAUAUGUCAGUUUAAAUGUAUUGCUGGGCAAUUCAGUAUGUUUAACAGUAAGUGACUGCUUUCCUUCUUGAUCCAGAGUGAUGUAAAAUAUUCUUUGUAUUGUAUUUUAAAAAAGUUAAAUAUUUUUUUAUUUGCUGCGUUUGGGGAAUAAAUGUUUCAAAGCUGAAA